AUAACUAAUUUACUGUAUGUUGUACUGUCAAACGUAGCUGUUCACGGGUUUAAAGUUAGGCUACAUGGUUGGCAUUAAAAUUAGUAGCUCACUAGCUUAACCCUGUAGAUGAGCUACAGAGAGGACAGCCCUGUGCCACCUGUGGAGAGCAGUGCCCUGGCUUCGCCCUGCACAAAUGGAGCUACUUCGAUGCUGCUCCCUGUGUAGACUAAAGAAAGUAUGGCCCGUCCUCUGCUCAGCUGUGCUCAUGUAGUUGUCUGUCUUUGUGCCCAGAGCUUUAGGAUCUAUUUGGGGACUGGCAGGGGAACAAAAGAGAAAAGGAGGGAUUAAAAGUUGUCGAUGAGUGAGAGAGAUGAAAACAGAUUUUUUCAAUUAGGGCUGAGCCAUUGAAAGUGUUGCUUCAGGCUGCUGCUCUCUCUGCCCCCUCUGAGAUCCUCCUCUCGUUUAGUGCCCCCCCCGCCUCAUUCCCAGCACAGCCAGGAGGAAGCGGGAAGCGGAAGAUCUGUGUGCACUGUAAGUGUCGCCGAGAGGAGCAUGCAGUGACAGCCAUGCCUGUUGAGAUGGAGAAAACUGUCACCAAGCUGAUGUAUGACUUCCAGAGGAACUCGACCUCGGAUGACGACUCAGGGUGUGCGCUGGAGGAGUACGCCUGGGUACCACCAGGACUCAAACCUGAGCAGGUUCAUCAGUACUACAGCUCCCUGCCUGAGGACAAGGUGCCCUACGUGAACAGCCUGGGAGAGAAAUACCGCAUCAAACAGCUACUCCAUCAGCUCCCGCCGCACGACAAUGAGGUCCGCUACUGUAACAGUCUGGAUGAUGAGGAGAAGAGAGAACUGAAGCUCUUCAGCAACCAAAGGAAGCGGGAGAACCUGGGCCGUGGCAACGUACGCCCAUUCCCUCUGACGAUGACCGGAGCAAUCUGUGAACAGUGUGGAGGUCAGAUAAAUGGCGGCGACAUCGCUGUGUUUGCAUCACGGGCUGGUCACGGCGUGUGUUGGCAUCCAGCCUGCUUCGUUUGCAGCACAUGCAAUGAGCUUCUGGUGGAUCUCAUCUACUUCUACCAGGACGGGAAGAUCUUCUGCGGCCGGCACCAUGCUGAAAGGCUGAAGCCACGCUGCACUGCCUGCGAUGAGAUCAUCCUCGCUGAUGAGUGUACUGAAGCAGAAGGGCGUCACUGGCACAUGAAGCACUUCUGCUGUUUUGAGUGUGAGACUGUGCUGGGGGGCCAGCGCUACAUCAUGAAAGAAGGCCGUCCAUACUGCUGCUCCUGCUUCGAGUCCCUGUACGCCGAGUACUGCGACUCCUGUGGGGAACAUAUUGGCAUUGACCAAGGCCAGAUGACGUAUGAUGGCCAGCACUGGCACGCCACGGAGGGCUGCUUUUGCUGUGCCCGCUGCAAACGCUCUCUGCUUGGCCGGCCUUUUCUCCCCAAACAGGGCCAAAUCUUCUGCUCACGCUCCUGCAGUCUGGGGGAGGAACCUAACGGUUCAGACUCCUCUGAUUCAGCCUUCCAGAGCGCUCGCUCUACCAGAGAGUCCAGACGCAGCUCCAAGACUGGGAAGAGUGGAGGAGGAGGGGGUGGAGUGCAGUCUGAGAGGUUUUCAGGGGAAGUGGACCCACUCUCUCUACAGAUGGAUCUUCUGAGUCUCUCUAGCCAAACGCCCAGUUUGACACGAGAGCCACCUGCUUGGCAGAGCCAAGAGCAAGCAGGUGAGGGCUAUAAUUAUGAAACCCAGUCUGACCCAACUGCCAACCCCACCCCACUCCAGCUCCUCAGCCAGUGCAAUGUCAGGACAGCCUUUAACCCCUCUUGCUCUGGACAGAAUAAUCAAGAUCCCAGGAUCAAGGAGAAUGGAGGUUUAAAGAGACCACCCAUCUCAGCUAUGAAGGGACACUCGCUCAAUGAGGCGUGGUUCCAACAGCCAGCUCCAGAAGAGUACUAUCCACCCAAACUGAGGACUCAAAAGAGCUUCACUGAGUCAUCCCACUGCUCUCAACACCCCAAUGGCUUCUCUGCUGACAAGCGCUCCAUUAGUUUUCAUGGCUUUCAGAGGGACAGAGAUAGAGACAUAGGGCUUCCAGUACCAGCCCAGGUACCAAGAAGCCGGAACCCGAUUAAUGCACUUAACUUCCCUGAGCAACUGACCCCCCUAGAGCAGACUCCAAGAGGAUCCAUGGAGUCCCUGGCCCUGUCCAAUGCCACAGGAAACUCAGCAGAAGGGGGAGGAAAGCGUCAGGAGCACCUUUCCCGUUUCUCCAUGCCCGACCUGAGUAAAGACUCUGGAAUGAACGUAUCUGAGAAAAGUAACAUGGGCACCCUAAACUCGGAGCAGUUUCGUAGCUCUGAGUCCAUUCACAGCCUCACUGCUGGUCAACCCUACAUGGAAAUGGAUCCUCCUAGGUCCUCAAAGUAUCAAAUGCAGUACUGUGACCCCCAUGGCAUGGCUGUGGGUAUGCCUCAUUUACCACCUGGCUUCACCUUCCAGGAGGAGGAUAGGAUGAGUUUGGUGAGCAGUGCCAAUGCUGCUCGUUUGCCCCCCAUUAGUGAGCGCAGGAUGGUGAGGGGAGGGGUUGGAGGAAGAGGAUCUAAUAUCAGGUUAGAUGCUCAGGAGGAGACCCCCCAGAGACGCCGGCACCACCACCGCUCCAGGAGAUCCCGCCGGUCUCGCUCAGAAAACGCUCUUAACUUGGUGGCAGAGCGGAGGGUGAGACCUCAAGAGAGGUCACAACUGCGCGUCUGUGAGGAUUACGACCGUUUCCCUCCACCAAGGAGCGCCAGGGACCAGUAUGGUGUCGGAAGAGGAGGGGGGAGAUACCAGCCCCAACCCUUCAGACCAUGCCCCAGAACCACUUCAGACCUGACCCUUCAGAACCCUGGAGUCAGCCGCCGCACUGGCUUGAACCAAUACUCCUGGGAAGAUUACGAUGACGAUGACUGGUGCUCCACCUGCUCGUCAUCCUCUGAAUCUGAGGAUGAAGGCUACUUCCUGGGUGAGCCGAUCCCCAGACCCAUCCAGCUGCGCUACCUUAGCAACCAGGAGCUGGUCCAUAAGUACAACAACACCGGGAUAGGAGGACCCAACCGCAGUGGGCAGUUACACACCCGUAAACGCAGAAAAAGCAAGAACUGCAUCAUCUCCUAACGUACUGACUCAGUCAAAGACUCUUUGUUUAGCUUGUGUACGCCAACAUCCCCCAUCUGGAACAAGAAGUAAAUAAAACCUACAGUCCAUUUAUUCAGUAUUGUUGAGUGUUGAAUAUCAUGUAAUUGAAAGUCUGUGAUGAAUAACAGUUGGUAAACAGUAACAAAGCAACAGUGUUUGCAUGUUUGUUCAUUUUAAUGUUUCAGAAUAUCUGCAGAGUUUUAAGGCUAACACUUAAAUGCACAGUUCCAAACAUUAUCAAACGCUGAUGUGCAAUGACUUUGAAAUUUAACUUCAUUUCCAUUCAGCAAAUGAGUGUGCGAGGUACAGUAUAGCUUUUCAUGCAAUGUGAUUUCUACAAAGGGUGUACUGUACUGUUGUAUUCAGUUCAUAGUAUGUACAUAGAUAAAUGAAUUAAUAAUUUCACUUAAGUUAAGGACGUCUGUGUAAAUAUGGUUGUAAAUGAGGCCUCACAUAUUUUUAUAUUUUGUAUGGAUAGAAUCAUUUAUGUAUUAAAUAUCUAUUAUGUAGAGAUAGACAAUGAUACAAACAACGUAUGCAUGUUUCAUUUGGCUGACCUGGUCCUGCAUUUGGAAUAAAGGAGAAUUUCACUGAA